AUGGAGACAUAUCAUGGCCACGUUCGUACACCCAACGACGCGAUUAUCCUCUUCGAAGCCUGCCGCAUUGGCAUAUUACCACGCGUCCAGCGUCGCCUGUCAGAGAAAGAGCGCCAGCAGAUCAAGUCAGGCUCGGUGUUCGUAUGGGAUGAGCGCGAAGCGGGUAUGAGGAGGUGGACAGACGGCAAGUCCUGGAGUGCGAGCCGAGUAUCUGGUAGCUUCUUGACAUACCGAGAGAUGGAAGGCAAGCGAGGAGGCGCAGCACCAACUCCCCCACUGGUCAAGCGGGCCAGUGGCAAGUCUCCUGACGGUUCUGCCACCGGCGACUCAGACGGCGAGGGCCCAGAUGGCUACCGCUACAAGCCUGACGGUCUCAUGAAGCAAUCGUUCAGUAUCACAACCUCUGGUGGCCAGCAUCUCCACCUCAUCAGCUACUACUCCCGCUCAAACUCAAAUAACCUCCCUCAACCGACCAACGAUGCGCAACUGCGACACAUCAGACCCCCGAAGAAUAUGUACCCAGAGUCGACUGUUAAUGAGACUCAGGCUGCGCCGGCUGUUACUCGUGGGCCCAUGCCUGGCUCUCCUCACGCCGCAGCUGCCUACAGCAUGGGACCGGCUUCACCAUAUCCGCGGCCAGGACCCGUGGCACCCAUGUACGCAAUCCCCAUGUACCCUCCAACGCCACCCAAUGGCACUCCAAAUAUCCACCCGUACCACUAUGCGCAGCACCCAGGCUUCUUCUACCCCCCUGGCGUUAUCUACACACAGCCGGGAUACCACAUGCCACCUCACCCACAAGGCCACGUUCUCGAUCGCCCUCCACAGCCUAUCGGCCAUCUUCACGCGCCGCCAGGCCACCCGAUGUAUGCUCACCACCCCGUUUACGCUGCGCACGCGGCCCAAGCGGGCCAGUACAUGGCCACUCCUCCAGCGCGCGCGCCCUCAUCUGCUGAGUUGGCGCAACACCAGCCGCCUCCUCCUCCCACCCCUGCCUCCUCCAUUCCUGAACAAGGGCCACAACUCCCUGCCAUCAACGGCGCGGCUGCAUCUGUAGGCAUCGCUAAGCCACCAACACCUGAAGGCGACAGGUCACCCUCUCAUAUUGGUGCAGAGUCUACCACUGCAGCUACAUCUCGUCCUCUUCCAACGCUUACCUCGCUACUGAACACGAGCGGCACGGACAAGGACAACCAGACCUCGUCUCGAUCCGGCAGCCGCAGCCCAAACACUGCACCGAGGUUUCCCCGUGACCUUGCUCCGGAACGUCUGGCUAAGAACAGCACCGCGGCGGAUAGCAGCGCGCUGAACAAGCUCAACAGUGUCUUCGUCAGGUCUUAA